AUGGCGGCUCCCGUCCUGCCUAUGCAGCAGGUGAAGCUUGCCUCGCUUCCUUCAACCCGCCUCACACCAGAGCAGCAAUACUGGCGCACCUUCAAGAAUCCCCUCCUGAUUCCCUCCCCGGCCAAUGGUCCUGUCAACCUCAUCACACAGCCCGCUGUUCCAUCUUCUGCCGCGGCCUUUCCUUCCUUGACACAGCCACCGGAUAUCUUCACUGUGACAACUGGCGCCAGAAUCCAGAUCUACUCAAUUCGCACACGGAAGCUCCUGCGCACCAUCACCCGCUUCGAUGAUACAGUGCGCGGCACAGACGUCCGACCGGAUGGACGUGUGGUAGUAACGGGUGAUGAUACGGGUGCCGUGCAAGUAUUCGACGUCAAGUCGCGCGCCAUUCUCAAGACAUGGAAGGACCAUAAGCAGCCCGUAUGGGUCAGCAAGUUCUCUCCCAGCGAUCCCACUUCAGUCUUCACGGCCAGUGAUGACCGGACCGUUCGUCUGUGGGAUCUGCCUGCGGAGACUAGCUUGCGCACAUUUGUCGGCCAUACUGACUACGCUCGUAGUGGUUCGUUCAUGCCCGGAUCCAUGGCCUCAUCUGGCUUGUUAGUUUCCGGUUCCUACGAUCGCACUGUUCGCAUUUGGGACCCCCGAGUGGAAGGUCGUGCCGCUAUGACUUUCAAGAUGGCUGCCCCGAUUGAAUGCGUUCUGCCCAUGCCCGCAGGAACUACAGUUCUGGCUGCCGCCGACAACAAGAUCGCAGUUCUGGAUAUUGUGGCUGGCAAACCUCUACACAUUAUUCAAAACCACCAGAAGACUGUGACAUCGCUUGCAUUGGCAUCUAACGGAGAGCGAUUACUCAGUGGUGCGUUGGAUGGACACAUGAAGGUCUUUGAGACUACAGGGUGGAACGCGGUCUCUGGGUCCAAGUACCCGUCACCAAUUCUGUCACUCAAUGUCAUCACUUCUGGUAUUGCCUACGAGGACAAGCACAUCGCUGUUGGUAUGCAGUCGGGUCUUUUGUCAGUGAAGACCCGUCUGUCUGGACAACAAAAAGUCAAGGAGCGUGAGCGCCGGAAGGAGAUGGAGGCUCUCCUCGAGGGAAAACUCGAGGAGUACGACAAAAAGGUGGCGAAGCAAAAGCGAGGAGCUGGAUGGGAGAAGCGAUUCCGUGGACGUGACUUCAUCGGUGAAGAUGUGGACAUAGUGAUUGAAGGCCAAGACCCCAAGCGAAGAAAGAAGCAAGCACCAUGGGAGAAUGAUCUUCAUAAAGGCCGAUACUCAGUUGCUUUGGACCAGGUCCUCGCAACAAGCGAUAAAACCGCCCAACUCACUCUCCUGACAGCCCUCCGCCACCGCUCGGCUCUGCGCGAUUCGCUCAAAGAUCGCGACGAGCUCACUCUUCAACCGAUCUUGACCUGGAUUGACAAGCAUAUUCGUGAACCCCGUCUGGUUGAUCUCAGCGUGGAGGUUGCCAUGAACUUACUUGAUGUAUACUCUAGCAAUAUGGGUCAGUCUGCCCAGAUUGAUAAGAUGGUGGAGCGACUGCACCGUCGGGUGCGCGACGAAGUUGAGAUGGCCCAGCAUGCCUACCAGACCAAGGGAAUGUUGGAUAUGUUGAAGGUGAACUAA